AUGACAGCUCUGAAGGACUUUACGGCCGCCCUGACGGCCUUGGCUUUCCUUUCUCAUGCUCCCCUUGCCUACUCCCAGAACACACCUAACGAGAAUCUCGUCCUCGCCGAUUGUGGCAUCGGGCUAGGUGUAAACGGCGGUUCGACCUCUCGCGAGGCCAUCUACUACAAUGGCGACGUGUGGACUGGUCAGGGCGAGAACACCAACAAGCCAACCAUGAUGGUCAACGUGCCUUGGACUGGCAACUAUCCUUGGGGAUGGGUUGGAUUCACUAUGCCUAACGGCGACGAAUGGGCUGUGCUGAAUGACCUCAACGUCAAGGACCCCAACGAGGCUGGAAUCGCUCACCAUUCGUAUGAACCAACGAAAGACCUCACAUGCUACUCUUAUCACCGGGACAGAGUCUUCCAGUUGGCCGAUGGAAAAUGGUGCUCCAGCGCAUACGUAUGCAACCAUCGAGGCCGUCCUGACCCCAACAGUAGCCCGGAGAAACCCAAGCCUGAACCUCAGAAGAUGGAAAUCCGUGGCUCAAUGAACAGCGACACAGUCGAAUUCUGGAACAAGCCCGCCAGCCAUGUCAUGAAAACAGCCAAAGAAGCAUUCUUGCCAGACCUGUUCAAGUGUGACACCACCAAGCGUCAGCUCAACGACAAAUGUACCAUUAGUUGGGAAUGCAGCGGGGAUCCUGUCAACAAGUCUUUGGAGCGCAUGGCUGCGGUGUUCGAGACGCUGGCUACGCACGACAAGUUUACAAGCGAGCGAGAGGUGGUGACAGAGGUCUGCCGACAGCCUGAUACGCGACCUGGCAAGGAAGGCCAGUGUCAACGAUAUGAGCAAAAGAUCGACCGGUACUACAAGCUUCCUGCCAGCAUGGAGCUCACCAUGCGCAACAUUCCAAGGGACGGAUCUGGAGAUAAUUCUAACGAACAUGGGAACAUGAAGUAUACGAUCGAGUGUGACACCAAGAAGUUGGACUGCGUAUUCUGCAAUCUGGUUGGAAAAGCCUUGACUAUUGCUGUGCCUGCUGCUGGUGCGGCUGUCUCGUUCAGUUGUCGUUUUUGCUAA